GAACAAUCCAGUUCAUUUUCUAUUUAAGAAUGACCACACCCACACAAAUCACGCAUCAAAACCAAACCCAACCCAAAAAAAAUAAUCGUCGACUACCUCAAAACUCCACAACAUGUUUACAACUAUAAAUACUCUUGGUACGUGUAUUUUGGUCCCAGUUAUAGUUUGACAAAGUCCGUGGAACCGAGAGUUCAUUUUCGUAAUAAUGCAUCGAUUUCAAACGUUCAAAGAACUCUUUGUGCUCGACGUUUUAGUUCAAGUUGUUGUAAUCGUUUGAUCGGGGGUGGUGAAAAAAAGAUAAAUACAAAGAAAAAGAUACUGACUUAGUGGAUACGAUUCGACGGCAUCGUCCACCCGAAAAUAGAAGCGUCGUGACGCCGCUCACAUCUCCAACAACAAGGUUAAUCUCGCAAUAAUCGUGCUCCGAGACGGUGGGGUUUUGUAAAAAAAAAUUAAAUUAAUAAAAUGGGGAUGACUACAAGGGUUAGGGGAAGAUUGCGAAGUCUUCAUAAAUUGUAUAGAUUCGAUCCAAAAGUUAGAGAAGAAAGAAUUGCAGAAACUGUGUGCCUUCUUUCGGUGCUUUUUCUUUUGCCUUAUUGUUCAAGAGGUCAUGCCCCCUUAUUGUUAAGUUUAGGAGGAUGGUGUUUGGCUACGUAUUCUUGUUUAGUUCUUCCCGUAGUGGUAUCGGCAAACUAUAUUUAUCCAGCAAAGUGGUUGAAGAAACUUGCAGAAAAUAUUCCUCGUUUGGCUCGUAAAAUAGCUGUACCAAUAUGGACCAUUUUCAGAAAAAUCUACGCUCCAUUAGAUCGUUGCGAAAAAUUCUUCAUGCAAAUGUCCCAUUUAUCCAACAUGCUUAAUCAGUUGGUUUUUUUCAUGGUUUGCGAUCGAGUACUCCUUUGUACACUGACCAGCGGAAAUCGAAGCUGUCCAGAGAAAAAAGUAACCGGUCUCUACUCCUUAAUGUUCUACAACGUCGUCACUUACUGCAUUUCGUACAUCAAGGAAUUAAUCGAAAAAGAAGACUGGUCGCCGUAUGUUAACAUGACUCAACACGGCAAUUUGAAACAUGUUGCAAUGUCCGCAACAAAAAUCGUUUUAGAAUGGACGAAAGCGAUUACCUUCAUUAUAACUGUUACAUUCAUGCUUUUGGUUUUUGGUUUGGAACAAGGCUUGGAACAUUAUAGACCAACAGCUUCUUAUACAUUUAUUACAUGGUCUUAUUACAUGUGUACUGAAAAACUUUUCGUCGAUUUAUUUCCUCAUUUAUUAAUAUUUUUGAAAAUAAACGCGUUGGAAGCUUUAGAACUUUUAUACGCUCCAGUUUUAUUACGAUAUUAUACGAUAAGCGUUUCAGCUUUACUAUUAAUCGUAUUGGUGUGUUACGGACAACUUAAAUUCGCUUUAUUGGCAGCUUAUUUAACGGUUUACGUUCGAGCUAAAGACAUGGCAUGUAACUGUUUAAAGAAAUUAAAAAACGAACAAGCAAUUUUGGCGCGAUUUCGGCGUGCUUCUUACGACGAAAUCGAAAAUUGCGACGAUGUAUGUGCUGUUUGUUUAACGCAAAUGACAAGGGCUCGAGUAACGCCUUGUCAACAUUUCUUUCACGCUGAAUGUCUUAGACAGUGUCUUAAUAAUUCGCAUUAUUGUCCUAUAUGUAAGAGGGAAUAUACAUUUUGUUAAAAUAAAACGUAUUUUAUAAGAAUAACUUUUAACAAAAAAAAAUGGUGCUAUUUCGAUGUGCUUUAAACGUUUAACUCAUUUUAAAUGUGAGACUAUUAAAUAAGAUAAUAUUUAAAAUAA